AUGUCCUCCACACCAAACCAAAAUAUCCAACGGCUGAAUGCUUUAGUUGAGCUUGUUGAAGAACUAAAGGCCGACCACGAAGGAUUUAAAGGGCUUGCAGCGAAACGAUUCCAGGUUUUGAGUGCCGAGGUUCAGCUCCUACAGACCAACAACAAACAUCUGAAGCAUGAGAAUCAAGACCUUAAGAAACAAAUCAAUUAUGUUGACAAUGAAAAUGCUGGCGAGGAUAGUGAUGACAGGACAGUGUUGGAGGGCUCCAGUGAUCUGCGAGAGGGAGCGUUCCAGAUUCCUAACGACGGUGCAAUGUCUGCUGACCAAGCGCAGAAGAGCCUUGGUGCCGUUUCAUCAAAGCCUGUCAGAGAUGCAAUCCUCGAGGCCUUUUCCCAUUACAUGGGGAUAAGCAAUGUCCAGCCAAAAAAUCUACCCGCCUUCCCAUUCGGCAUAUCCAAAGAUCACCAAAAAUGGCCUAAGGAUCCUUCAACUCAGAAACCGUAUCACCGUUACAAUUGGACACUUACCGCAGAUGACCCAACCAAUGCAGAGUCUCUUCAAGAGAUCCAAGCCUGGGUCAUGGAUAAUGCGCCCACUGAGAUUCCAGAGGCCGCCCCAAUGAUCCAGACUGUUCUCCCUAAAGACCUGAGGCAAAAAAUUCGCAAAAAAUAUCAGUACCUGUCAAGGAAAUAUUGCAAAAGGCAUGACAAAGGAGCCGACGUAGUGGAAGAGGGUCUUGAAGAUGAAGGAGAUGUCCGCAAGGCCUUAAGCAAGGCUGUGAGAGACUCAAGAGCUGAAUCAAAACUUGAACAACACAUCCGGAAACGCCCAUUAUCGUGGUAUGAAGACUCCAAGUACGAUGUGGCCUUUAUCAUCAAUGCCAUGUCAGAUGAUGAAGAUGAUCCUGACUGGAGACCGACAUCAGCUGAAAUCAAAAACUAUAUAAGUCAUGCACCUGACUAUCGCAGUCCAUUACAAAAUUACUCAAAAACCGGCUACGUGCAUGGCAAAUUCGAGAGGACUUACUCGAGCGUCCUGACUACCAAAUUGGUUCCCUCCAAAUUGCACCAAACGGAAAGGCCUGGGGAGACAACAGUGACCCGGUGGAUGAUGACCAGACAGGUGGUAAAAAUUGUAAGAGAGCACAUCCUGGAAAUGCAACUGAGAAGUUAG